AUGAAUUUUGUUCAUAUUUAUUUACAAAACUUUCUUAAAAAGAUUGUUGUCUAUGUGAUAGGACAUUUAAUAAUUAACUUAAUAGAUUUCCCUCUGUUGAGCUCUAUAAGGUUGAUUUGGGUUGCCAAUAUCUCCUUUGGUUCUGUGAUCAAUUCGUCCUCCUCUAGUUGUUGUCGCUCCGCCCAGCUACUAAUCUAUGUGGGAUUUUAAAGUAAAUGUUUAUUCUUAGCCCUCCACAAUUGUCUUAAUAAUUAAUCAAAAAUAUGAGUAAAUGCAAAUUAAAUAUGAAUAAAUCGUCCUUCUCUUCCUGAAUUCCUUAACCAUCUCAUAAGAUUCCAAAAAUUUCAAUCUUCAGACUUCAGUUCAAUAAUGUUCGCAAAUUAGAGAUUAAAUCAUUAAAACGUUAAUAUAUAUUAUAU